AUGGCCUUCUUGAAGUGUUUCAAGAAAGUCACCAUUACUAUUAUUGAGGAUGAAAGUGAUAACCGGGACAAAGGUACCACAUUACUUGUAGGUGCGCCUCUCCUUACUUCAGAGGUAUCAGAGGUGGACAAUUCUCUUCAUAUUCCAUCUUGGUCUCAAGAGGUACAAAAAGCUUUCAAGGAAAACCAUACAGAACAAGUCGCAAAAGCCAAAGACUCUGAUCCGUCUGGUAUCAUUGCGGUGGCACUGAAAAGCACUGAGGAAGAGGAAGGGUUUUUUGAAGAUUUGGGUAUAGCUGAUGAAGAUAUGGAAAGAUCAUACUUGGCUACUUUCCUUGCUUGCUGGUUGUGCAAAUUUGUAUUUCCCAAAGACGACGUCACUUUGAUAAGAGCGGGGGUUUUCAAAGUUGCCAGUCGAAUGGUACACGGUGUAUCAUUUGGCCUAGCAGUUCCAGCAUUGGCCAGCAUUUACAAGGGGCUGAACGAUAUUUCUAGCACAGAUGAUCCAAGAAAUUGCACAACUGUUCUUCCUUUCCAUUAUGUGUAUGGGUGGUUGGGCGAAUACUUUGACACACACUUUACCUCAUCUUCCAAGAAGUCCAUUCCUAUCAUGGCAAGGUUCUUAGGGCGACUCUCAGCGACAUUUUUUGAAGAUUCAACAGCUCAGGCUUUGUUCCGGACUUGUGGUAAAGUGGAAAUGGGUCGUAUGGCAAGAGUGCUUUUAGAUCCACACCGAUUCAAUAGACAGUUCUACUAUGUGCAACAUGUGCCAGGCGAUGACAUUCGGAACGGGACUGUGCUAUCAGUGUAUUCACAUUGGAAGUCAUGCUUGAAGAUUGACAGUCGAUCUACAAUAACCCUACCCACUAAGGAUAAUAUCCAGGAAUUUGAGGUCACAUCUGAUUUUGUUGUUUGGUGGUCAAAGGUGCAUCGCUUUGAAUCAACGAAGUCAAGGACAAUCUCAACUGUGGGCAAGUCGUUGUCGUUAUCACAACCAAAAUCUUCUAAGUCUCACGACAACGAAACCUUAGUUCACGAUAAACUCAUACGUGGUAGAGCGCAUAGAAUUCAUCUAGAAGUUGAAGGUAGUUCUACUACUCCCCGGGGACAUGUAAGAAGCAAUGAAGACAGUGAAGUUAACUUUAAGCAUAAGAAGACAAGUGUCGGACCUCUCUAUUGCGAUCUGGACACGACAUACCCACUUGAUGACAGAUUUUUUUGUGAUGUACCUGCUAUUUCACAACCAGUUCUAAUGAACGAGGGAGAAGUAGUACAUCAUGUUCCAACUGUGUCCGAGCUUGUGCCAUUUAACCAUUUGCCAAUCGAAGGGGAAAAUGAUAUUUUGCACCCGAUAAGUGGUUCAGGUGUUAGCCUAAGAGGUUCGCUUGCACAACAACAUUUGUUAAAGCCGGCUAAUCAUGCAUCAACCUCUGAAAUGUCAUGUGGGGAACCCAAAUUAGGGGCGGACGUCUCAUCUUUACAAGCUAUGAUCGACGCACUCAUGGUGACCGCAGUUGACAAUUGUUCUACACACUCUACUUACUCCCAAAAGCUGUCUCCCGAGGCUCAAAGUGAUCGUUUAGCUGUAAUUGACUCUUCACUUUCUAUUGCUUUGGCUCUGCAACAAGCUGAAGAAGCUCGUCAGUUUUCCACACUUGAGUCUAUUAAAUAUGCCGAGAGUGAUGCACAGCUUUCUCAUCAUCAUGGUGUGGUUACCUGCUUGAGAGAGGAUAAGAUUACAGUCGAAGGAGCUCCUAUAUUAUUUGCUGCCGAUGCUGAGACUUUAGAUGCAUUAAAAGUUUCUUUUGAGAGAUUGCGUAACGACUUCAGGGACUUGUCUUAG